AUGACUUCCCAGGUAGCUGGAGUGUUCCACUCCCCAGCGUUCCUAUACAUACGUGAUCUGGGAGCUGGUGAGAUAGUUCGCCGGAUUGUACUUUUCUCAGCCUACUCCGUCUCUUUGGUCCUUUUGUUCUUCACAAUCCGUUCCAUUUACAAUAUUUGGUUCCACCCCUUGUCGAAAUACCCAGGACCAUGGUACGCGGCAACCACCAACCUGGUAUACUUCGCUGCCGACCUGACCGGCCACCGAGAGGACUGGAUAGUCAACUUGCAUCAAAAACACGGCGAGGUGGUCCGCAUUGGCCCGGGACGCCUGAGCUACUCGGCAGCCUCGGCCUGGAAGGACAUCGCCGGCCACCGCGUGGGCGGCAAGCCGGAGAUGCUCAAAGACCCUUGGUUCUUCGACUUGCCCAAGGCCUUUGGCGCCGAGGGCAACGCCAUGAUCGGCAACGUCGACUCUGAAACACACGGAAAAAUGCGCAAAAUUUUCGCCAACGCCUUUUCGGACCGCGCCCUCCGCGAGCAGGAGUCCCUGCUGCUCAAAUACGUUAACCAGUUUAUCGAUCGCAUCAGCUCCAACCUAUCGGAAAAGCCCGACAGGCCGCUCGACAUCGUUAGGCUUUUCAAUUAUACCACCUUCGAUAUUAUGGCCGACCUGACCUUUGGCGAACCUCUCGGCAUGCUGGAAAAUAGCGAGUACGUUCCCUGGGUUGCUAAAAUCUUCGCAAAUGUGAAACACUCAGCCGUUUACAGCAUCCUCGGCCGCUGGGUCUGGCUCCGGAAAUUGAUGAAAGCCACCAUGCCCGAAGCGAUGCGCAAAGGGGCUUCCGAAAACAGAAAUUAUGUCAUCGAACGUGUGGACCGCCGCAUGGCCAAGAAAACCGAACAGCCCGACAUUUGGAAUUUGGUGAUGCGCAAUCCCGAAAACCUUAAACUGUUGAGCCGGGGAGACAUGAUCGAGCAGGCGAACCUGUUCAUGCUUGCCGGAACCGAGACUACGGCCACUCUUCUCAGCGGUUUGACCUACUACCUGCUCAAACACCCCGACGCAUACAAGAGGGUCGUUGCCGAGGUUCGAACUCUCCCCGAGGAUGGACUGCACAUCGACACCCUGCGCCAGCUGUCGUAUCUGCAAGCCUGCUUCGAGGAGGCCCUGAGGAUGUACCCACCCGUUCCUCUGGGUAUCCCGCGCCUCGUGCCAUCGGGUGGUGCCGCCGUGGCGGGCAAGUUUGUCCCAGAAGGUACACGCGUCGCCGUACACCAUCUUGCAACUUAUCGGAACGAGAAAAACUUCAAGAAUCCGUGGAGCUUCGUCCCCGAGCGAUGGCUGCCCGAGGGCGCCGACGUCUAUGGCAGCGACCGCAAGGAGGCUCUGCAACCCUUUUCCACUGGUCCGCGCAACUGCAUGGGCAAGAACCUAGCCUAUCACGAAAUGCGCCUCAUUUUUUCCAAGCUCGUCUGGAACUUUGACCUUGAGCUGUGUCCAGAGAGCGAAAACUGGAGAGACCAGAAAACCUAUAUACUUUGGGAGAAGCAUCCACUCAUGGUUAGGUUGAAGCCUAGGAAGUUUUAA